CGCCAGUGUAAAACAGGAAGCGCUAAUCUCAAGGGGCUCUGCGCUCGUCCACAGUGUCCCAGGCGAUAAAGACGUGGAGAAACGAAUCGCAGCGACUCAGAAGAUCCGCGCUGUUUUAGCACCAGAAUGCCUGCAGGUGUGUGUGGAUGUUGUGGGCGAUGUCGUCCCCGAUACAAGCGCCUGGUGGAUAACAUUUUCCCAGAGGACCCAAAGGAUGGAUUGGUGAAGUCAGACAUGGAGAAGUUGACAUUCUUUGCUGUGUCUGCUCCAGAGAAGCUCGACCGAAUAGGAGAGUAUCUUGCCGAGCGCCUCAGCAGGGAUGUGGUCAGACACCGUUAUGGGUACGUGGUGAUUGCAAUGGAAGCACUGGAUCAGUUGCUGAUGGCGUGUCACUCACAGAGCAUUAAACCCUUCGUGGAGAGCUUUUUGCACAUGGUGGCAAAGUUGCUGGAAUCCAAGGAACCAGACUUGCAAGUGCUUGGGACCAACUCUUUUGUGAAGUUUGCGAACAUUGAGGAAGACACGCCUUCAUAUCAUCGGCGCUAUGAUUUCUUCGUCUCUCAGUUCAGUGCCAUGUGCCACUCCACACAUGAAGACGCAGAGACACGCACCAGGAUUCGUGUAGCAGGUAUCAGAGGGCUACAGGGAGUCGUAAGGAAGACAGUGAAUGAUGAAUUGCAGGCAAUCAUCUGGGAACCUCAGCACAUGGACAAACUUAUUCCCUCCAUGCUCUUCAACAUGCAGGACAUUGACGACUUAGAGAGGGGCGGAGGAGAGGAGAACCCUGCAUCCCUGGCUGAGAGCUGCUUUCGGGAGUUGCUCGGUCGUGCUGCAUAUGGAAACAUGAACAACGCCGUUCAGCCCGUGCUUGUGCAUUUGGAUAAUCAUCAUUUGUGGGAUCCAAAUGAGUUUGCUGUAUCCUGCUUCAAAAUCAUCAUGUACUCCAUACAGGCUCAGCACUCACAUCAUGUGAUCCAGCAAGUUCUGAAUCACCUGGACACACACAAUAAGAACACGCCUCGGGUACGAGCAGGUAUCGUCCAGGUGCUGCUAGAGACUGUCGCCAUAGCAGCUAAAGGUUCUGUUGGUCCAACAGUGUUAGAGGUUUUUAACACCUUGCUCAAGCACCUCCGUAUGAGUGUUGAUUUCGAGCUGGGUGAAGGCUCUCGCAGAAACUCUGGAACGAGUGUCUCUUCUGGUCGUGGCAAAGAGAAUGAGGAGCGAAUAGUCCAGAAUGCCAUCAUUCAAACUAUUGGGUUCUUUGGAGGCAAUCUGCCAGAUUAUCAGCGAGCUGAAGUCAUGAUGUUCAUUAUGGGGAAAGUUCCAGUAUAUGGGACACCUUGCCAUUCUCUGGACACCGUCAAAAUUGGACCCCAGGGUACUAGGAGGAUUCAAACGAUGCUCCUCAGUUCUCUCAUUAUGGUGACGUCUGGUUUUAAGUGUAAGACAAUGAGUGCGGGUUUGCCAGCUGCAUUUCUGGAGCCUCUAUGCUCCAUCUCUCUAAUGGAAGACAGCGAGCUGCGCCAACUGGUCCUUGAAAUCCUACACAACAUCAUUGAUCGCCACGACAACAGGGCCAAACUCAGAGGCAUUCGAAUAAUUCCUAACGUUGCAGCUCUUAAAAUAAAACGAGAGAAGAUCUCCAAACAAGAUGUCAUUUUCAUGAAAAAGCAUGGGCAGCAGUUAUACAGGCAUAUCUAUCUGGGCUGUAAGGAGGAGGACAAUGUGCAGAAGAAUUUUGAGCUUCUCUUCACUGCUCUUGCUCUGCUCACAAUAGAGCUAGCUAAUGAGGAUGUUGUCAUAGACCUUAUACGCCUUUCCCUCGCUCUGCAGGAUAUGGCUUUAGAUAACGAGGAGAACAUGCCAAUGUUUAUUCGCUGUGGUAUAAUGGCACUGAUUGCGGCUUACCUGAACUUCCUCAGCCAGAUGAUUGCCAACUCUACCUUCUGCCAGCAUGUCAGCAAGGUUAUUGAGCUGAGGAAUAUGGAUGCUCCCUACUUGUUGCCUGAGCAUGUGUUUCGAGAGAAAUGUGUGUUGCCAGCUGCUCUGGACCGUGAGGCCAGUGGCAUGUAUUUUCAGACUGCUGAGCUUGCUGAUGCUCUUUCUGGAUCAGGAUACAAUGCAGAAAGGCUUGCAGUCCCAUAUAUACCACAGGUUACAGAUGAAGACCGCUUGACUCGGAGGAAGAGUUUUGUGGACACUAUCUCACUCCAGGUGGACAUCCUGUCCAACAGCCUUCCUGAUCAGUCACAGUUAGCAGAAGAGAUUACGUACGAGACUCUGAAGAAGGCCAUUGACACCACUGGUUUGGAAGAGCAAGAGAGAGAAAAGAGGCGGCAGGUGAUGGAGAAGUUCCAGAAAGCUCCGUUUGAGGAAAUUGCAGCCCAUUGUGAAUCAAAGGCGAACAUGCUGCAUGAUCGUCUGGCUCAGAUCUUUGAGCUGACUAUCCGCCCACCACCGAGCCCAUCCGGCACAGUGACUGUGACAUCAGGCCAUGCCCAGUACCAGUCUGUGCCUGUCUACGAGAUGAAGUUUCCUGACCUCUGUGUCUACUGAGCCUCAAGCUUAACUGUAUCACUGUUCACUCUCCCCUUUAACCUUUCCCUUUACCAGAUCACCACCCACUUUGACCUUCAUCACCUAAUUGCAUCCAUGCACCUUUUCACACUAAGCAUUCACCUUUAAGCAGACCAGCACUGUAAACUUUAUCCCCCCAAUAAUUCACUUAAUCUAAAGCACUAAACUGUCCCUUGCUUUUAAACCGUUAUUUAAAUUCCAAUCUAGAAAUAAUGCAAUAAUUAAUGAUCCCAAUAACUGUAAGCAGCAAAGAAAUUGUACUAGUCAUGUAGUGUGUGUGUGUGUGUGUGUGUGUGUGUGUGUGUGUGUGUGUGUGUGUGUGUGUGUGUGUGUGUGUGUUUAGCUGUACUGGUUCAGAGGCCUUUGUCUCUUUGGGUAUCAUAGAUAAAAUGUUUACAUGACUUUUAAUGACUCUGAAACAUGUCCUUGAGACACAGUGCUUCUCAUGACAUGGCAUUAGCAUGCAGGAAUCUCCUCUAUCUGAAUGUAUGAUUGUCUGAGCCUCAGUAGAACAUGACUCUCGCUUCACUUGUCACAAAUUGCUUUGUGGGAGCUGAUGGCACAAAGUUUCCUACAGAUCAUCAAUUUCUGGGCCACAUGAACAUCAGCCUUUUUUAAUGGCCCAAUUCCUAAAACAUUUGAGCCAGCCCUCAAUUGCCACAUGAUUGCUGAGCCCUGGAAUGUGGAUUGGGUAAAUGUGUCUAUUUGAAAUGUUCUUAAACAUAUCCAUCCAUUUUAUCAGGUAUAAUGUUAUACAAAGUUUCUGAAUUUGGCUGGAUGUGCAAUUUAGACACAAAUAAGAGCACAAACUGUGAUCGUGGCAGUCACGUCACCAAAGAGCCCCAAACACACACACACACACUCUCACUCAAAAUAGCUAUGUGCAGCUUGUAAUCCAAUUCAGAGCUGGUAUUGAAACAUUCUCAAUCAUUUGGACCAUUGUUUUUUUUUUUUGCAUAUUUUUUCAGAACGCAUUGUAACAAUGGAAAAUUUUGAAAGUUAGCAGCUUUCGACUGUAAGAAGAUGGCAUUUAUCAAUAUUCUUAUAGAGAUAGUUAUAUGACUCGUAUAACAUUAGGAUUAAAGGUUCUAAAUAGAAAGCAAACUUCUUAUGACUUUAUUCUUCAAGUAGAAUGUUGAAGCUUAAAAAGUGACUGUUAAAAGCUUAAAUACUAUGCUGUAAAUCUCUGAAAUCUUAUGCUGUAAAUGUAGGCCUCAGUGAGCUUUUUUUAUCAACUGCUUGAGAUCCACUGCAAUUUUUUUCCUCUAUGUGAUUGUGUAAUAGGGUUUAGGAGAAUUCAGGAAAAUUUGUAGAAUCAGAGCUUGAUGCUCUCAGUGGUGUUGGAGACGUCUAAUUCAGUAAAUCUUCACUGCUCUGUUCCAUGGAUUCACAAAAGAUCCAUCUGUGUAAAUGAGCAGUGUCGUGUAUAAGCUGCUCUUAUACAAACUAGACUGAAAAUUCAUCAGAAAAGCUGUUUGCAUUGGAUGGAUUUGUAGCGCAAAAGAAUUCAAGAUGGUUUUGUCAAGAUAACAUCAAAGAGUGUUCAGGAAGUCAUUACAUUAUUUUACCUGAUUGCUCUUAAUUAUGUUUGACCCUAUUGAAAAAGAAAAAGAACUGACUAGUAUCAAAUGGUGUGAAGAAAUAAAUUAGUGUUGAGAAGGAACAUUUACAAGUCCAGCAGUUUUAUGGUUUGGUAGCGUUUGUUCAUGUGAAAAUUUUCUCGUGUUAGAUUUUGGAAAGGAUUUUUGAAAGUGACUUGAUGGGAGCUGUAAUCACUAUCCUUGUUUAUGUCUUUGAGAUAAAUGUUCUGUGAAUUCCAGAUUCAUAAACUCUAUGAAAUAUAGAAUAUGUAAAAUAGUGUAUGCCAAAGCAUUGCUGAAUUCUCCAGACUUGUCAUAAGGUGUUGGUUUAUUUUGACUUAACAGCCGCUCUUGACAGUAGUGUCUGCCUCAGUACUAAUCUAUUCAUGUGUAUACAGUAGGUAUUUAUUCAUAGUCACAGCUCAUGACUUUUAGUAUAAAUGUAUAGCGGACUCUUCACAUCAUCUAACCAUCAGCCUGCCCAGAGAAGGGAUCAUUCAGUUCUUUUAAAACGGUCUAUAAUCACUGAUCUGGUGAAUCUUUCUGUAUUUAACAUGUACAGAAUGAGCCUCUUGUGUAACUAAUAAAUGAUUGUUUUUGAGGUUCUUUGGUUAUUUAUUUGAUUGGUUCAAGUUUUUAUUUUUUAUUUUUUUCCUCCAAGUUAUUUAGUAACUCAAGCACAUUUUAGGUUUGAUGAUUAUAUUCACAUCUAUUUUCCUGUUUAGACUCAUGCCUACAAAAUCAUCGAUAUACCUGUUUAAGUUAUUAAAGUAUUUCCUGCAGCUGUGCUAUAAAAAUUUGAUUUAAAAACUUUAGCUUAGAAAGAAUUAUUACUGAGGAGCUGCAUGUGUAGUGAUUAUAAGGAAUGAUGAGUGAAUAUGGGCUUCACAGAACGUGCUGUUAAUGGUUUAUGAUGUGAUGUGAUGUGUCUCUCUGGACUUCUGUGUGUUCUGGUUCUCAGGCCACUGGAUGCACAGCGUUUUGUGUUUUCACUCAGUUAUACACACAAAGGGAUUAUAAUUAAUAGGGCCACACACACACACACACACACACACACACACACACACACACACACACACAGUUUACGCCUAUGUAUCCAUUCAUCCAUCAACAAAUUCUUCUUCUGGAUGAUCUUUUACUUGAGUCACUUUAGAUCGUAAGGCCUACACAGUUGAUUACUUGCUAAAUGUCAGUGUGCAAAUUUUACCAUAAAUUAUAAACACAGGCAAAUUUUUUGUAACACUGAAAAAUAGGUCAGUAAUUAAAUACUUGAUUAUUUUAUUUAUUUAUUUAUUUUUGUUCAUAAUGGGAGAAUGACAGAAAUCUUUCAAGUUGUGCAAGAGGAUAUAAAUUCUUCUUUGUCUGUAUAUAUAAAACUACAGUAUAAGACUAUUCCAAAUAACAUUUUUAUAUCCUUUGAUAUGUGGAAUUCACACAAGGGUUCAGUACAAUUUUAACAUAGAAUUUCUUAUUUUUUGAAAUCAAGUAACAUCAAAUGCAAGAAUGGACAUAAGCGAAAAAAUAGAUCAUCAUAAAAGAUGUUCAUGUUCAGCACAAAUAAAUCGGAUGAUGUAUUGCCUGUGCGCUUCCUCAUCUACCUUCAUAUUUGUGUUAAAGGAGUGAAAACACAAACUAAUGGUGCAAUGAAAUGAGAACCAUUCUACACAUGGAGUGGAACGCAGUGGAAACUGUAGCUGAGACCUCAUGCAUGCAGGGAAAAGUCAUGAGGUGAAAAGUGCAGGAGACCCUGAGGCUGUUAUUGAUCCGAUUCUCCGCUGGAGUGAAUGAAGUGAUUAGGUGUCCAGGUCAGUCUUUGAUAGAAAGUCAGCAGUUUAACUUUGCAGGAAAAUGUGAGCAGACAGGAAAUGAGCUCAUGGCUAUUAGACAAUGUUGACCUUUUUGGGGUAAGAUGCUGCAUUACAGCGUGUUGCUUAGCUUUCUUUCUGCUUAAUGAGCUAUUAGAAAGAGACAUUUAAUUAUAGACAGAUUUCAGUGUUUAUACCUUGUAGUCUGCGUUAAUGAUCUAUUUUGUAAUAUUACUGCAAUAUAUUUUUGUCUUAAUAGGAAAUGUGUAUUUUUCAUGUGAAGUAAUAACAAUGCUGUGUCGGUGGGUCUGUAGAGCUUGACAGGGACUCUUGCAUGCUGGGCUUUUAUAUUAUUGUAAUCAUUAGGCAGUGGUAAAAAGGGUAAAGAAAUCUUGUUCUUAUAAUUGUAGUGUUAAGAAUGUUACUGUUAUCUUGAACAGAACAUCUCUUGAGCCAGCAGUAUACUUGGUACUUGAAUCUUCGCUUAGCAGUAAUGUGUUUUAAUGUGUCUCUUUAAGGCUGUGCUUCUACACACACUUUUAUAUAGUUUCCUAUAUAACUGAGUAGACAGCUUUGAACAGUCAGCGGGACCACUGAACAAUCACUCAGUGUUUCCCCUGAUAGGCCACCUUGUGUUUUCUGUGUGUGUGUGUGUGUGUGUGUGUGUGUGUGUGUGUGUGUGUGUGUGUGUGUGUGUGUGUGUGUGUGUGUGUGUGUGUGUGUGUGUGUGUGUGUGUGUGUGUGUGUGUGUGUGUAUACACAUGUGAUCAAGCAAUUCAGCCUUUAAUAUGUACAAUCAUGAUCACCAGCUAUGGCAUUCACAUUUCAGUGUAAAUUGUUAAAUGUAAAAAAAAACCACUAAGAUGCUAUAAAGUUUGCUGCCAAAUUUCUGUCUAACAGGGCGUUUGAUGCUCAACCACUUUCGUUUGCACAGCAACAUCAAACAAUAUCAAUAAAGAUUUUAUAUUUAAAGCAAUAAAA